GCGUUGCGAGUGACUGCGCUGGUGGGCUCUGAAACCCAUUUCGGCGGCCACCCUCGCCGCGCUGGUCGAUUGUUGUGCAGCCGGCGCCAUGUCUGUGAGCGAGAUCUUCGUGGAGCUGCAGGGUUUUUUGGCCGCCGAGCAGGACAUCCGAGAGGAAAUCCGAAAAGUUGUACAGAGUUUAGAACAAACAGCUCGAGAGAUUUUAACUUUACUGCAAGGGGUCCAUCAGGGUGCUGGUUUUCAGGACAUUCCAAAAAGGUGUUUGAAAGCUCGAGAACAUUUUGGUACAGUGAAGACGCACCUAACGUCGUUGAAGACCAAGUUCCCCGCUGAACAGUAUUACAGAUUUCACGAGCACUGGAGGUUCGUGUUGCAGCGUUUGGUCUUCUUGGCAGCAUUUGUGGUGUAUUUGGAGUCAGAAACGCUUGUGACUCGGGAAGCGGUUACGGAGAUUCUUGGCAUUGAGCCAGAUCGGGAGAAAGGAUUUCAUCUGGAUGUAGAAGAUUAUCUCUCGGGAGUUCUAAUUCUUGCCAGUGAAUUGUCAAGGCUGUCCGUCAACAGUGUGACCGCCGGAGACUAUUCCCGGCCCCUCCACAUCUCCACCUUCAUCAACGAGCUGGAUUCCGGCUUCCGCCUUCUCAACCUGAAAAACGACUCCCUGAGGAAGCGCUAUGACGGCUUGAAGUAUGAUGUGAAGAAGGUGGAGGAGGUGGUCUACGACCUCUCUAUCCGUGGCUUCAACAAGGAGACCGCUGCGGCUUGUGCAGAGAAGUAAAGUAGGAGGCGGUCCCCGCGCCCGGCCUGCUGGCCUCAGCCGGGCUGGGGCGGGUGAGCACGGUGCCUCCCCAGGCAGUUAGGUUGCCUCAUUGCUAAACACCGCGCUUUAUUUUCUCAACCAGUUGUGUGGUGGAAGUAUCAAAAUUGAAACACUUUCUUGGGGGUGAAAAAUAGCCUUUACAAGGACAGAUUUUCUUUGUUGUUUCAGUGAAUUUGCUCUAUAAUUCAGCGUAUUUCAGUUUUGUCAGAAAGUGUAAAUGUCAGUCUCUUGGUACAGUCCUUUUCUCGCUUAUCCUGAUGCUGUUGAUGUACCAACUGAGAAGUUUAUCGUCUUGUGUUUCCUCCAGAAGUGACCCUUGGUGUUUUCUAUACCCAGACUAGCCAUCCAUACCCAGGUGUGUGUAGCCUGGACACAGUAUAAAAAUAAGUAAUUAAAAAGGAUGGUUGCCAAGCAAAGGACAAUUUAUUUUAUAUUUUCUCUCCUUAUUUUAAGCCUUGUGAGUAAAUCAUACAUUGACAUUUUUUGCAAGGGAGUUACAGCCCCAGGGUCUCUCUCACUGCCAUCAAAAUAUAAAAGGUAAAAUUGCAAAGCCAAGUUUAGAUUAUUUUGGGACUUUUUUUGUAUUAAGGGAUUGAGUAACAUCUUAUUUGGCUCUAUUUACCAGGUGGGGCGUAGGGCGUAGUGUUUUACAACACCUCUGUUUUCUGAUGUUGCCUUAACAUUCUGCUCUUGCAGCAACUUAAAACUCGUUUUCACACACAUCUUGAACUAACACUUCAUAUAAUAUAUUUUUAAGCUAUGAAACCUUUUUCCUAGCAGCCAGCUAGACCGUCUGGUCUGAGACUACAGAGCCACCCAGUCAAGUUAAUCAGCAAUUCCCCGGCUGGUGUGUUCUGAGAGAAGAAUGCUGGGCUUUGUCCGGAAAAAAGAGAAAACCUCGGUUUAAAAAGGAAGAUUGGCUGAUUUGGUGAUGGUUUUUAGAGUAAGCAAUUUCAGGUUUCGGCAGCUAUCCAAACAGUCAGGUUUUAGAUUUACAGUUUGGGGCAAGUCCUGUAAACCUUGUUGGCACCCUCCUCCCCUUCCUCGUUUUCAGCUAGUGCUAAGAAAACUUGCCAUGUAAUUUUUGCUGUUGAGUUGAAAUGAUUUAAAAUGGGGACUUCAUCCACAGUUUUUUGGAGCUUGCUGAGAGGAAGGUGCUAGUGUUUCCAGAAUAGUAGGAAGCAUUGAGAGGUGUCCUCCUCUCAUGCCCAGUACCAGGUGAGGCUUUCUGUUUGUGCAGUGGGAUAUUUGGCAUUGCUAUCCGAGCCGUUAUCCGGCCAAGGUAAGGACUGGCCAGAUUUUCCACCAUGAGGAAAAGAAGUAGAAAUGAAGCAUAAAUUGCUAUGCAUUUUUGGGUUUUAGAACAGUUUUCUUGAUAGCUCUUUCUGCAGAAGAGUUUGUAGAAAGAAGAAAGUUGUUCAGGUCUCUGAAGUGCCUCGGUGGCCGCCUAAGAUGUGCAGCGAUAGCACUCCCUGCAGGGAGCAGAGAAGGCUUCACGUUACGUGAUCAAAUGUGUGCACUGGGGUCGGUGGUCGUUUUCUUCUAUAUGGAGGAUGAAUUCUGAUGUGUUUUGAGGCUGAAGAACACCAGGGGGGAGAAGCACAUCCUGCAGUGUAACAGUUAAAGUGAUCAAGAGAUGCCAACCACUCAGAGUGAAGAGUAUUUUGAUUGAAGGUAUCGAAAAGCCUCGGCUCUGGUUUUAGUAUACCAAAAUUGUUCUUUUCAACUUUAGAGGAUCGAGCAGGUUAGAAAAAAUAGAGACGAAAAUUAGUGGAUGUUUCCUUUAUAAAUUUAUUUAUAAGAAGAGAACCCUUCAAUACUUCGUAAGAUUUGCCCUGUCUUAAACUUGAACGAUAUUGGUAAACGCUUAAGAGAAUUUAAUAAAGAACAAAAGCUUC